AUGAGAAAUCAAAACAAGUUUAUAAAUGAAGAAGCAGGAUUAAGAUGCUACUAUAAUCACAGUUUACCAAUCAUUGAUGUGAUAUUAGAUGAAUCUUGGCCAGAAAAUAAAAGACUUGGUUGCAUGGAAUGUCCAAGAGUUUAGAAUAAGAAAGUUGAGUCCUUUGAAAGUUUUAAGAAUAGGAUUUAAGUUUCUUAAUAAAAAAAUCUAGAUUAAUAUUAAACAUUGGCUCAUCCUGUUCUUCAACUAUUAUAAGAUUUUAAUAAUAAUGUAAAUGAUUUAAAAUCCGAUUUAAACAAAAAAUUCAAUCUAUUAGAUUAACUCAGUGAAUUGGCUUGUAAUUUUGAAGAUGAAAUAAAGUAGCAAACUUAAUAAUUUGAUGAUAUCGAUUUCACAAAGGAAUUAGAUUUAUUAAUAUAAAACGAUGAAUAAUAAUAUUAAGAAGAGAAAUUUUUAAUAGAAGAAAAAUAGUUUUUUCUUAAAUUUAAUUGUUGGAAUAGAGAAACUUAUAAAAAGAUUUAUGAAUUCUAAUAAUAUCAUCAUCACUAGAAAAACUAGAAAUUAUUAGAAAAAAUUACUUAAAUGAAUGAGUCCUUGUAGAAAGUUGAUAAAAAUAUUCAUAUAAUAUCUGACAUUAUAAGGAAUAGAUAAGAAGCUAAUAUGUUAGAAUAACAAUUUGAAGUAGUAGCAUAUAACACAUAAAAUUUAAAAGCAAAUUUAUUAAUUGAAGUUACCUAAGCUAAUUUAAAUUAUUAUGACGAUGGUACUUUAAUCAAAAGGUAUAUUUUUAUAUAUUAAAUAAAGCGAAAACAACUGUUUUAUGGAGAGGGUUUGUUAAAACAUGGUCUAGUUAUAAAAAUUGAGUUGGAUUGGUGAAUAUGAUUAAUAAAAAAAUAAAAUUGGAAAAUGGACAGCAUUCUGGGAAGGAUAGUAAACUAAAAUUGGAGGGUAUUAUAUUAGAGGAGGAUAAAAAGCAGGAAAAUGGAUUGAAAUGACUCCAUAAUAUAGAGAGUAAUUUAAAUUAUUUAUUAUAUUAGUGAGAUGCUUGUGACUUUUGAAGGAAAUUACAAUUAUUUAGGUUUAAAAUAUGGACUCUGGACUUAUUUUUUAAAUGAAAAAAUAAUGUAAUAGUUAUUUUAUAUUUCAAGAGGGCUUGGGGUUUAUUAGAUUAAUGGAUUAAAGGAAGGAGAAUGGAUUGAAAUAGAUGAAAAUUAUAAUAAAGAGUAAAUGAAUUUGGUGAUAAUAAAAGUUGUCAAAUUAUUUUGAAAGGAUAUUAUGGCUUAGAGGAAAGGAAGUAAGGAAAAUGGGUAAUUUAUUUGAAGGAUGAAAUAUUGUAAUUUCUAUAUUUAUUUUGUAGAUUCAGCUCUUUUUAUAAUUCUGAAGGAUAAAAAGUAGAUUUUUGGGGAGAAAUUUGUGGAAAUUUUGAUUAACGGUAUAGUUUUUAAUACUAAUUCAUCAGCAGUCAUACCUAUAUUGAAGGCUUUUACAAUGACUAAGGUAAGAAGUUUGGUUAAUGGAUCAUCUACCAGAAUCAAUUUAGGAUGUAAUUAUUAUAUAAUUAUUAUGAUAGUGGAGGAGGAGAUUAUAAUAAAUUUGGAAAAAAAGUAGGUAAAUGGAAAGAAGUGGAUUAAAAUUAUUAAAAAGAAUCUUCUUUUUCUUUUGAUGAUGAAGAUAAUUAGUAUUUUAGUAACGAAAUUUACUAUGUUGGGAAUUAUAAUGAAGAAGGAAAUAAAAUUGGAAGUUGGAAAAUUUAUGAAAAAACCCAAGAAAUGUAAAUAUUCAUUAUUUAUGUAGCGGUGGAGGAAAAUAUCAACAAAAUGGAUAUAAAUAUGGGAAAUGGACAGAACUACACAACUUUUAUACUAAUGAGUAUUAAUAUUUAAUUGAAUUUUAGAAUUCAGCCAAUCAUGGUUGGAGAAUAUAAAUAUGGGUAAAGGUUUGGUGAAUGGAAUAUUUGGUAUAAAAAAAAUGAUGAGAAGAUAAAAAUGUAUUGAUAAUUUUCUAUAUUAUAUUAUAGAGGUGGUGGUUGUUAUGGGUAUAAUGGGAAGAAGAUUGAAAGGUGGACUGAAUUAUAUACAUUUACAUAUGAUACAAAAAUGUAAUUAUUAUCAAUAAAUUUAGCAAUCAAACUAUUUUAACGUAUGAAGGGGAAUAUGAUUAAAAGGGAUUUAGAAUAAACGAAUGGAAAAUUACUUCUAAGUUGAUGUAAUUUCAUGAGAAUAUUGGUGGUGGAAAGUACAACUUAAAUGGAAUGAAGAUUGGCUAUUGGUAGGAGAUAAUUAUAUAUUUUGGUAACAAGUAAUUUUUUAUUCUAAUCAAAGAGACUAUAUUCAUUGGAAUGGAAAGUAUAAUAUACAAGGGCAGAAGAUUGGAAAAUGGAAAAUAUUUCUGAGUUACUCAAAUUAAAUGUAACUAUUAUUACUUAAAUAUAGUGGAGGCGGAAGAUUUGAUUAAAAUGGAAUCAAAUAUGGUAAAUGGAUUGAAUUUGGCAAUAAAUAAAAUUGGUUUUAUAUUUAGACUAUACAUUUUAGUAAAUUCAGUAGCUAAGAGUUUUAGUUUUUUGAGGGAUAUUACAACAGAUAAGGAUAAAAAAUAGGAACUUGGAAGAAAAUAAGUAGACAUAUUCUUGAUUGA